AUGGGUAAUGAAGCAAGUAAGGCUCUUGAAUAUGCAGAAAAUCGAUUGGAACUCGAAUAUAAAGCUCGUGAGAGGGAAACUGAUUUAGCAAUUAGGAAAGCCGAUAUGGAACAUCAACACAAGAUUGCUGAAUUGAUUGCAGAAAUGAAACAAACGAAAUUACAAACUGGGAAAGAACUUCAGCUCGCCUAUAUGGAAACAAUGAAGGCAAUCAUCCAACAGAAUAGCACCUCCUUUCAGACCGUCAAGCCACUUUUAGAACAACUCAAUAAUAACAAAUUAUCCGAUUCAAUGAAGAAAUCUAUUGAAAAUGCUUGUGCUAAAGUUUUGAAUGGUUAUAUGGAUACUCAACAGCUUUUGGAUUAUUCAAAAGAACAAAUUGCCAACCUUCAGCUUAAACAAGACGAAGAAUUUAAACGAUUGCUAGAUUACGCGGUUGAACAGAACGUAAUCACGGCAAAUAAUAAAAUAUAUCUUCUAGAAUAG